AUGUGGAGUAUGCAGAAUGUAAAAAAUCCUAACUCCAGCCAGCCCAUUGCUCAUCUCUAGUGCAUGUGGGGUGGUUGGUGCGGCGGUGGUACACUCUUAGAAAAAAGGGUUCCAAAAGGCUUCUUUGCGGAGGAUACAGGUUCUACCAAGAACCAUUUUCAUCUGAAGAACCCUUUUUGGAAGAUGAGGGUUCAUUGUAAGGCAAAGGGUUCUACCUAGAACCUUUAACAUCCUAAGAACCGUUUUUGGAAAAAAAUAUUUUUUGAUGAUUCUUUGGAAGGCAAGAAAGGUUCUACAUAGAACCCUUCUGAAUCACAGCAAAUUAGCCAGUGAGAGAGUAAAACAUUCCCAGAUUUUUUAUGAUUGUUUUUAUUAACUUUGUUUUCCCAUUUACAUUAAUUGAUUGAUUAAUCUGAUGCUACAUAAAGAUAAAUAAUAUAAAUGUUUCUAAACUAAUCCAAUCAGUUAAAAUUAGAUUUGUUGAACCUGUUACUGAAAUGGUUGUUCCAGUUUAGAUGGUUUAGGUCAGGGAUACUCAACUCUUACCCUAUGAGGUCCGGAGCCUGCUGGUUGUCUGUUCUACCUGAUAAUGAAUUGCACACACCUGGUAUCCCAGGUAUAAAUCAGUCCCUGAUUAGAGGGGAACAAUGAAGAAAUGCAGUGGAACUGGCUCCGAGGUCCAGAGGUGAGUUUGAGGAGUUUAGGUAGUCUCCUGUACCAAUGCUCCGAACCCUGGCGGUCAUUCUGAAUGCAGGUUGUGGGUGAAUAAAAAUUCCAACUGUUGGAUAUCAUAACUCUGGCUGAAUUCCAAUAGGAAUUAUACAUCACUUUGCAAGCUAGCAUAAUAUGACUUGCAGGCCUGAUGUGACCUGUAAACCAGGAGUUUUCUAACACCUCUGUGUUAGGGUAAAACUAGGCUAUCAAAGUAAGGCCUUGUGAUAUAUAUAAUUGUCAUAAAGAGUUUAAUUUUAAAGGCUAAUAAGGCUCUAGGAAGGAACCUUCAAAGAUAAAAUGAUUUUCAGUAGAACCAUUCAUAUAGGGUUCUAGGUAGAAUGAAGAAACAUACAUAGAUGAUUCUAAGUAUAACCCUCGGCAAAGGGUUCGACCUAGCACCAAAAAGGGUUCCCCUAUGGGGACAAACCGAAGGUUCUACUUAGCACCUUUUUUUAUGAAAGUGUAGUGAGUGUGUGUUUGUGUGUGUGUGUGUGUGUGUGUGUGUGUGCAGGGGCAGACUUUUUUAACCAGCUCUUUUUAACCAGCUCAUGAUUAAGACAAAUACAACAUGUAAAAGCACCACUGGAGAUACAACUCAACUCAACACUAUAACAGUGCCUCUGUUGCCUCCCUGUUGUGCAGCCUGUCUCUGCAUCUUCACUGCUGUCACUCUGUCUCUGUCUGUCUGUCACUCUGUCUCUGUCUGUCACUCUGUCUGUCUGUCACUCUGUCUCUGUCUGUCUUUCACUCUGUCUGUCUGUCUGUCACUCUGUCUCUGUCUGUCUGUCUGUCUGUCUGUCUGUCUGUCUGUCUGUCUGUCUGUCUGUCUGUCUGUCUGUCUGUCUGUCUGUCUGUCUGUCUGUCUGUCAAUCUGUAUCUGUCUGUCUGUCUGUCAGUCACUCUGUCUGUCUGCCUGUCUUUCACUCUGUCUGUCUGUCUGUCUGUCACUCUGUCUGUCUGCCUGUCUGUCUGUCUGUCACUCUGUCUGCCAGUCCUGCUAUUACAUAUAGAGCCAACAUAUUAGGGACUUGCAGUACAUCUGUGUCUCUCUGUUUUAUUCUUACAUUCACUGCACUCACCCCUGAGCUAUCUCUGCAAAGCCUAGCAUCCUUUCCCACAGCACCGGUACCAGAAGACCAGGGGACCACACUGCCUGUGCUGGGCCCCUCAACAUCCUAGGGUAAAACUGUAUUUUAAGGGUCCAUAUUAAUCAAUCAUUUAUAAGGCAUUUACAAACCGUUAAUAAUUAAUAAUUACUCCCACAUUUGUAAAUGUUAGUAAGCUAGUUAUUAUUAGUCGCAUGUACAGUGCCUUGCAAAAGUCUUCAUACCCCUUGGAUUUCUUCUAUUGUGUUACAAAGUGGGAUUAAAAUGGAUUUAAUUGUAAUUUUUUGGUCAACAAUCUACACAAAGUACUCUAAUUAAGAAUUUCCAAAAAAAAAAAAAAUGAUUUAUAGAAAAUUAAAUCACUCAAAUAUAGUCAUUGCAUAAGUAUUCAGGUCCCUGGGUCAAUACAUGUUAGAAACACCAUUGGCAGUGAUUACAGCUGUGAGUCUUCAUGGGUAAGUCUCUAAGAGCUUUGCACACCAGGAUUGUGCAAUAUUAGCCCAUUAUUCUUUUCAUAAUUCUUCAAGCUCUGUCAAGAUGCUGGGGAUCAUGGCUAGACAGCAAUUUUAAAGUAUUGCCAUAGAUUUUCAAGCAGAUUUAUUCUUCUUGGUAAGCAACUCCAGUGUAUAUUUGGCUUUGAUUUGCCCCAAACAUAAGGCUUUGCAUUUCGGCCAAAAAGUGUAUUCCUUUGCCAUGUUUUUUUUUUUUUGCAGUAUUACUUUAGUGCCUUGUUACAUACAAGAUGCAUGUUUUGGAAUAUUUUUUAUUCUAUAUAUUUGUAUUCUUCUUUUCACUCUGUCAUUUAAGUCAUUAUUGUGGAGUCACUACAAUGUUGUUGAUCCAUCCUCAGCUUUUCUCCCAUCACAGCUAUUAAGCUCUGUAACUGUUUUAAAAUCACCAAUGGCCUCAUGGUAACAUCCCUGAGCAGUUUCAUUCCUGUCCUGCAGCUCAGUUAAGAAGGAUGACUGUAUAUUUGAUGUGUCUGGGUGGUUUAAUACAUAAUCUACAACAACGACCCUAAGCACACAGCCAAGACAACGCAGGAGUGGCUUCGGGACAAGUCUCUGAAUUUCCUUGAGUGGCCUAGCCAGAGCCGGGACUUGAACCCGAUCUAACAUCUCUGGAAGAGACCUGAAAAUAGCUGUGCUGCGACGCUCCCCAACCAACCUGACAGCGCUUGAGAGGAUCUGCAGAGAAGAAUGGGAGAAACUCCCCAAAUACAGGUGUGCCAAGCUUGUAGCGUCAUACCCAAGAAGACUCGAGGCUGUAAUCGCUGCCAAAGGUCCUUCAACAAAGUACUGAAUAAAUGGUCUGAAUACUUAUGUAAAUGUAUUAUUUCAGUUGUUGUUGUUUUUUUUAUAAAUUGGCAAAAAUGUCUAAAAACCUGUUUUUUCUUUGUCAUUAUGGGGUAUUGUGUGUAGAUUGAUGAGGGGGAAAAAAACAAUUUAAUCAAUUUUAGAAUAAAGCUGUAACAUAACAAAAUGUGGAAAAAGUCAAGAGGUCUGAAUACUUUCCGAAGGCACUGUAGAUACUUUUUCUUCCACUUUGACAUUACAGAGUAUUUUGAGUAGAUUGUUGACUAAAAAUUGCAAUUAAAUACAUUUUAAUCCCACUUUGUAACUCAAGGGAUAUGAAUAAUUUUGCAAGGCACUGUAUAUAUAUAUUUCCUUAAACAUCCUGGAUUGUGUGCUUGUUCUUUUGCCAGAUACUGCAGGAAUGGCAUGCCUAUCUUUUUAUGAGAAAUUACACUGGUCACUCAAAACAUGUAUAAAGUAUUUAUAAAGUAUAAAUAGAACUCACUUUAGAUUAAGGACUACAAAACGACUUUAGUAAUGAUUAAUACAUGCCUUAUACAUGGUUUAUUAAUGACCCUUAAAAUAAAGUGUUACCCAUCCUAGUUGUGAAUGAAUAAACACUUUUAUUAGACAAAAAAGAAAAUCACUGAAUAAAUGCCUAAUAGAUGACCAUUGGAUUAUAUAAUAUCUUAUAACAGCCUAACUACAUACAGUGAUCUCCAUAUGUAUUGGGACAGUGACACAUUUUUUGUUGUUUUGGCUCUGUACUCCAGCACUUUGGAUUUGAAAUUAUACAGAUGCACAAAUAUCAUACCCCAAAGAAAUGCUAACCUCUCACCAUUAAAAUAACGUGAGGUCAGCAUAUUUCUUUCUUUCGUCUGUAACUUUCUCACUCAUCAUUAUUCACGAUUCAUUCAGGAUUAUCCGUAAUCAUGGUAGCAUCCACAUUAAUGUAGAAGUGUUUAGAAACAUAUUAUAUUCUUAUUUACAAUAAAAGUGACUCCAAAAUGACAUAAUACAUCCUUUAUCAUUCAUUUCUAUUGGCCACAAAAUAAUCUGAACACAACCAAAACAAACAGAAAAUGCAUCCAACAAAUUUGUAGAGUCACAAGUUUGAUGUAGUCAUUGCGUGCUCUGAACAUGGGACCAAAGAAGGAGAGCGAGAGACUGCCAGUUCUUUAAUGUUUUGGCUAUAUAAUACAGCCAAUGGCUACAUUAACUACAUUAAGGAACUGGCAGUCUCUCUCUCUGCCUCUCUCUCGCUGUUUUCUUCUAUUGAAUUCAUUAUACACCAUGUGUGUUUUUCAUAGAAUGAUACCAGGACUAGUUUAUGUGGAAGCGGAUAGAUUUCCAGUGUUGUGCUUCGUUUGACAGUGCUGCACGCGAAUGCAUAUCUUUCUGCCAAGAAGUGAUGAGUUUUCAGUGUACGAAAUAAGCGGGAUAUAGGCUGGACUUUUCAGCCUUCAGUGGUGGUUGCUAUGUAAUGUAAUCUGCCCCUAGUGCUGGUCUGGAGCCUGAUGUCACAAACUCUGCUGGUCGGCUACUGCGUAGCAACCUAGCGGUGCCAAAAGCCCUGGUCUGCCCUAGAAAGCUUAUGUAAAUUACGAUCGCCAGAACGGCCAAACAAAAACAUUUUAAAUGGCCGUUUUGGCCGCUAAAAUUAAUUUAUUAUGAUCAAGUUCAAUCCCGCGGUGAAUUAUUUUAAAGUUACCUACCAAUCGAGAUAUUUAAUUAAUUUGUGAUCCAUUCUGACUACCUCAUUUAUCAUAAAUGACUAAAAUGUAAAUGUAAAUGUAAUAACGCAGAACCACAUGCUGAUACAGACCAAUCACGGGCUGGCAGGCUAAUAGGAGGCUCGCACUCUCAUGCCAUAGACAUUAAGGUUGACUCACUCAGGCAGGAUGAAAACUACUACAUCGACCAUGAUCCUUUGUUAGUUACGGCCACUUUCACCAUGAUCCCUAGGGAUUUUUUGGGGCCAUUCAGCCCCAUUCAGCAAUAUGGCACGCUUCAAAUUCUAAUUCUUCUGGAGUUUUCCAUAGGAAUACGUGGAUGACGUCAGCGCUAUGACUAUCUACUGGUUUUAAUGUCUAUGCACCAGAGGUACUCAUUACGACAGCUCAUAAACCACUCGCUGGGCUGAAGAGACUGAGAUUCAGAAGAGAAUAAACAUUGACAAAGCAAUUAAAAUAGACACAGACAGUCCCCAAAUGUACCUUUAUUGUAAUACAUGAUGACUUGUGUUUAAUAAAAAGCUCUGUGUAAAUGUCUAGUAGAUGGCUAUUGCCUUACCUAUGUGUUAUAAAAGCCAAUCUAAGGACAUGUUAGGCUAUAUUGCAGGUAACCUAGGGUCUAAAUGUUCCCCCGAAUCCCCCCUUCCCUAAUUAGCCUACUAUAGUAGGUAUGAAAUAUAUACUGAACAAAAAUAUAAACGCAACAUACAAAAAUGUCAAUGUUUCUGAGUUACAGUUCAUAGAAGGCAAUCAGUCAAUUGAAAUAAAUAAAUGUGGCCCUAAUCUAUGGAUUUCACAUGACUGGACAGGGGCACAGCCAUGGGUGGGCCUGGGAGGACAUAGGCCCACCCACUGGGGAGCAAGGCCCAGCCAAUCAGAAUUAGUUUUUCCCAACAAACAGGCUUUAUUACAGACAGACAUACUCCUCAGUUUCAUCAGCUGUCCGGGUGGCUGGUCUCAGACGAUCCCACAGGUGAAGAAGCCGGAUGUGGAGGUCCUGGGCUGGCGUGGUUACACUUGGUCUGUGGUUGUGGGGCCGGUUGGACGUACUGCCAAAUUCUCUAAAUCGACGUUGGAGGCAGCUUAUGGUAGAGAAAUGAACAUUAAAUUCUCUUGUAACAACUCUGGUGGACAUUCCUGCAGUCAGCAUGCCUAUUGCACACUCCCCCAAAACUUGAGACAUCUGUGGCAUUGUGUUGUGUGACAAAACUGCACAUUUUAGAAUGGCCUUUUAUUGUCCCCAGCACAAGCAUCUGUGUAAUGAUCAUGCUGUUUAAUCAGCUUCUUGAUAUGCCACACAUGACAGGUGGAUGGAUUAUCUUGGCAAAGGAGAAAUGCUCACUAACAGGGAUGUAAACAAAUGUGUGCACAACAGUUUAGAGAAAUCUUUUUGCGCAUAUGGAACAUUUCUGGUAUAUUUUAUUUCACCUCAUGAAACACAGGACCAACACUUUACAUGUUGUGUUUAUAUUUUUGUUCAGUAUAUUUCAUACAAUAUACAGCCAAAAUAUUAGGCAUAACUGGCAGCAGUAGGCUACAUGAUCUGUGUCAGUGUGCGUGAGUGUCUUUGUCCAUUUUCUUCCUACCUCGACCGCACCACAGCAGCUGAUCUGUAAUUUCUCACAGAUACAGACCACACUCGGACCAGCAGAAGCAGAACGUUUAGCAAAUAAAUCGGUUAAUUUCACACAUUUAUUAGCGUUGGCCUCAAGAAUCCUUUUUUUGGUCUCUCUACCUUUCCAUUUUUCUGUUCUGACUGAGUGACUGACAGAGAGUCAGAGCGGGUUUCACUCCCUUUGAUGAUGCACGUUUGACUUUGAAUGUAAGUUUGCGCCACCUCAGUUCAGCCAAUCAGAAAACCGGACCAGCACAUCUUGGUAGGGGGACCAGCCGUUGUCACUGGUCAGCCAAAUGCUUAAUAUAGAUUAUUCUGAGAAAUUAUUCUGAGAAAUUGUCCGGAGGAAGCAUGACUCGACCUUCACCUCUCCCGAGCCUGUUGGGGAGUUGCGGCGAUGAGACAAGCUCGUAAUCACGAAAUUGGGGUGAAAAAAGGGGUUAAAAAAAAUAUACACUACCGGUCAAACGUUUUAGAACACCUAUUCAUUCAAGGGUUUUUCUUUAUUUUUACUAUUUUCUACAUUGUAGAAUAAUAGUGAAGACAUCAAAACUAUGAAAUAACACAUAUGGAAUCAUGUAGUAACUCAAAAAGUGUUAAACAAAUCAAAAUAUAUUUUAUAUUUGAGAUUCUUCAAAUAGCCACCCUUUCCCUUGAUGACAGCUUUGCACACUCUUUGCAUUUUCUCAACCAGCUUCACCUGGAAUGCUUUUACAACAGUCUUGAAGCAGUUCCCACAUAUGCUGAGCACUUGUCUGCUGCUUUUCCUUCAUUCUGCGGUCCGACUCAUCCCAAACCAUCUCAAUUUGGUUGAGGUCAGGGGAUUGUGGAGGCCAGGUCAUCUGAUGCAGCACUCCAUCACUCUACGUCUUGGUCAAAUAGCCCUUACACAGCCUGGAGGUGUGUUUUGGGUCAUUGUCCUGUUGAAAAACAAAUGAUAGUCCCACUAAGGCCAAACCAGAUGGGAUGGCGUAUCGCUGCAGAAUGCUGUGGUAGCCAUGGAUGUUAAGUGUGCCUUGAAUUCUAAAUAAAUCACAGACAGUGUCACCAGCAAAGCACCCCCACACCAUAACACCUCCUCCUCCAUGCUUUACGGUGGGAAAUACACAUGCAGAUAUCAUCCGUUCACCUACACCGCGUCUCACAAAGACACGGCGGUUGGAACCAAAAAUCUCCAAUUUGGACUCCACCGGUCUAAUGUCCAUUGCUCGUGUUUCUUGGCCCAACCAAGUCUCUUCUUCUUAUUGGUGUCCUUUAGUAGUGGUUUCUUUGCAGCAAUUUGACCAUGAAGGCCUGAUUCACACAGUCUCCUCUGAACAGUUGAUUUUGAGAUGUGUCUGUUACCUGAAAUCUGUGAAGCAUUUAUUUGGGCUGCAAUUUCUAAGGCUGAUAACUCUAAUUAACUUAUUCUCUGCAGCAGAGGUAACUCUGGGUCUUCCAUUCCUGCGGCGGUCCUCAUGAGAGCCAGUUUCAUCAUAGCACUUGAUGGUUUUUGCGACUGCAAUUGAAGAAACUUUCGAAGUUCUUGAAAUGUUCCAUAUUGACUAACCUUCAUGUCUUAAAGUAAUGAUGGACUGUUGUUUCUCUUUUCUUAUUUGAGCUGUUCUUGCCAUAAUAUGGACUUGGUCUUUUACCAAAUAGGGCUAACUUCUGUAUACCCCCCUACCUUGUCACAACACAACUGAUUGGCUCAAACAAAUUAACUUUUAAGACGGCACAUCUGUUAAUUGAAAUGCAUUCCAGGUGGCUACCUCAUGACGCUGGUUGAGAGAAUGCCAAGAGUGUGAAAAGCUGUCAUCAACGCAAAGGGUGGCAACUUUGAAGAAUCUCAAAUGUGAAAUAUAUUUUGAUUUGUUUAACACUCUACAAUGUAGAAAAUAGUAAAAAUAUAGAAAAACCCUUGAAUGAGUAGGUGUGUCCAAACUUUUGACUGGUACUGUAUAUACACAGUACCAGUCAAAGGUUUGGACACACCUACAUCAAAACUAUGAAAUAAAUCAAAUAAUAUUUAUAUUUCAGAUUCUUCAAAACAGCCACCCUUUGCCUUGAUGACAGCUUUGCAUACUCUUUGUUACAUUACAGCCUUAUUCUAAAAUUGAUUAAAUAUAUUUUUUCCUCAUCAACCUACACACAAUACCCCAUAAUGACAAAGUGAAAACAUGUUUUUAGAAAUGUAUGCACAUUUAUUAAAAAUAAAAAACAGAAAUACCUUAUUUACAUAAGUAUUCAGACUAGGUGACUACCUCAUGAAGCUGGUUGAGAGAAUGCCAAGAGUGUGCAAAGCUGUAAUCAAAGCAAAGGGUGGCUAUUUGAAGAAUCUCAAAUAUAAAAUAUAUUUUAAUUUAGUAAAGAAAAACCCUUGAAUGAGUAGGUGUUCUAAAACUUUUUAAAACAGGCCCAUGGGCCAUGUUAUUAUUAAAUGUUCUAUAUCAUUUUUAUUUUGUAUUUUUUUUUUAAUCAAUUUCGACCAUACCACCCCUUCUGGCAUUUGCCAGAAUUGCCAGACGGCCAGUCCGCCAAUGUGUGUGUGUGUAUGUAUGUGUGCGGGGGGGAGAUUUUGACUCCUCUCAGUGACAGCAGAUCAAUGGUAGAUGAGAGGGCAGAGGGAGAGAUAGAAAUGAAUUGAUUGUCACAAAUAAAACUCCAAUUAAGCAAAUGAAUAGCCUGUCUGAGAGAGAGAGAGAGAGAGAGAGAGAGAGAGAGAGAGAGAGAGAGAGAGAGAGAGAGAGAGAGAGAGAGAGAGAGAGAGAGAGAGAGAGAGAGAGAGAGAGAGAGAGAGAGAGAGAGAGAGAGAGAGAGAGAGAGAGGUAUCCUCAUAUUACUCUUCUGGGAGAGAGAGCAAUGUCAGCCAUGGGAUGGUGGACAGGCAGGGAAGGCCACAUCCUCCAGCCACACACACACACACACACACACACACACACGCUCUCACUCGAUCACUCAAUCUUUAUCUCUCUAGGAGGAGGAUAGCUUUUAAAGGAUAAAUGUGAGUAUAAGUGAACUGUAGAUCAAGGAUCAGACCAUUGCAGCUGCCAGCUCAUUGAUCCAAAGCUUCCUAACGAUGAAAAUAGAUCUUAAUUGUAACAGUCAUUGACAGAUCAGAAGUCAAUUCCACCUGACACCCUAACCCUCUAGCAUUUGAUAAGUGAGUAUGAACCUACUCUCUUCUUGCUGUAUCGAACAUGCUCUGGCUUUCCAAUCAAUGCAUGUGCUUCCCAAAUGGCACCCUCUUCCAUAUAUAGUGCACUCCUCAUGACCAGAGCUCUAUAGGCCCUGGUCAAAAGACCCUGGAAUAGUAGUGCAAUACACAGGGAGUAGAGUACCAAAAUUGGGACAGAGCCUGCUUCUCUCUGUAUGCACUUACAGUAGAUUGGCUACUUCUGCGCUCCUCUUUCCUAAAUGGUUAAGAUGCUUUUUGCUCAUAGACCCACCAAAUUAAGUUAAAGUAUUAUUAAUGUUUCAACAUCCCCUAGAGAAGGCACAUGUUCUUGCUCUUCUCUCUCUUCUUCUUUCAUCUCACAUUUUCCUUAGCUUCCUCUCUCUCCUGCUAUGUCUCGUAAUCCAAUUAUUUUCCUGGUAAAUUGCCUGCCUGUAUCAUACAUAUGUAUACAAGAUUUUACCUGAAUAAUCACUCCAUCUUUAUCCUUUCCCCUCCCAAAACAUAAGCUUGACAAAUAAAUGGAAGAAAGAUAGAGAGAGAGAGAGAGAGAGAGAGAGAGAGAGAGAGAGAGAGAGAGAGAGAGAGAGAGAGAGAGAGAGAGAGAGAGAGAGAGAGAGAGAGAGAGAGAGUGAGAGAGAGAGAGAGAUAAUCUUGUGUAAAAUCAUCUUAGCUGUGAAAAGUUACUGACAUAUAUCAUGCUGGUAUGCCAAAUAACACAGAUGCAUUACUUCAAUGGACCACCUGUCACUUAGAGGUGAACUGAGUUUGGUGAGUAAGAUUAUUGGGUUGAUUUGAAGCACUUGUACAGUGUGAAGACAUCAUCUAUUUCUGUCAGAGAAGUGGAAAAGAUUGCUUCACUAUGAUUAUUAUCUGAGGGAGUCAGAGGGAUGGCUAUAUUUGUCAGCUUUUCAGGUGUAGGCCUACAGUACUUAGGUAUUUUAAUGGUACUGUGGAAUUACUUUGUGUAUUUACAGUACCUUCAGAAAGUAUUCAUACCCCUUGACUUAUUCCACAUUUUGUUGUGUUCCAGCCUGAAUUCAAAACCCAUCUACACACAAUACCCCAUAAUGACACAUUUUUUGGGGGAAAUGAAAUACAGAAAUAUCUCAUUCACAUAAGUAUUCAUACCCCUGAGUCAAUACUUUGUAGAAGCCCCUUUGGCAGCGAUUACAGCUGUGAGUCUUUCUGGUUAAGUCUCUAAGAUCUUUCCAAACCUGGAUUGUGCAACACUUGCCCAUUAUUCUUUUCAAAAUUCAAAUUGGUUGUUGAUCAUUGCUAGACAACCAUUAUCAGGUCUUUCCAUAGAUUUUAAAGUAGAUUUAAGUCAAAACUGUAACUCUGCCACUUAGGAACAUUCACUGUCUUCUUGGUAAGCAACUCCAGUGUAGAUCUGGCCGUGUGUUCUUCUAGGAUUUUGACUGUGCUUAGCUCCAUUCCAUUUCUUUUUUUCCGGAAAACCUCCCCAGUCCUUAAGGAUUACAAGCAUACCCAUAACAUGAUGCAGCCACCACUAUGCUUUGAAAAUAUGGAGUGGUACACAGUAAUGUGUUGUGUUGGAUUUGCCCCAAACAUAAUCCGUUGUUUCUUUCCUCUCCGGCAACUGAGUUAGGAAGGACGCCCGAUCUUUGUAGUUACUGGGUGUAUUGGUACACCACCCAAAGUGUAAUUAAAGGGAUAUUCAAUAUCAGUCUUUUUUUUACCCAACUACCAAUAGGUGCUGUUCUUUGCGAGGCAUUGGAAAACCUCCCUGGUCUUUGUGGUUGAAUCUGUGUUUGAAAAAAAAUCUGUGUUUGACAAAAACUCUCAAUUAAAUCCAUUUUAAAUUCAGGCUGUAACACAACAACAUUUGGAAAAGGUCAAGAGGUGUGAAUACUUUCCGAAGGCACUGUAUGUAGCUAAUGCGGCUUUAUGUACCUUCACUGUUCUGGAUUUUCCGGUCUGUGUGCAUUUCUGGAAGUAUGAAUUAUUUAUUUUAUUUAUUCUGCAUAGUCCUUUCAGCAACAACUAGCAUUGAUUUUCAAGGAAUCCUAUGGAGCUAUACCCUCCCUUUCCUGCUGUGUUUGAAGCAACAUUGCUGACUCCAUACAUUCAACCCUAAUCCCUGACCUCACUGUGUGAUCUCCUGGCGUGUGGCUAAUUUGCUAAAACAUCGUCUGCUCCUCGUGUGAGAGGAACCAUUUCACCCUUUACCAACCCCUACCCAGUGUGUCUUUGAUUUAUAAUAUGCACCAUAUAUUUAGUUUACCAACCUCGGUGCAGUGUUCUUACUAGGGCUGUGGUGGUCAUGAAAUUUCGCCAGCCGGUGAUUGUCAAGCAAAUAACUGCCAGUCUCACGGUAAUUGCCAUUAAUUAACAUAAACACAUUUAGCAUCUCCUGGCUUCCACACAUAGCCUGCAAUCAACUGAUGCAGACCAUUGGAACGUCUACAUUUAAAAAAGUCUAAUACAUGUAAUAUAGCCUACACCUUCACAAUAAAUCCAUUAUUUAUUUUAGACAUGUCUAAAGAAACAUGAUAUGAAGAAAAUGUAGUCUAUUUCAGAAGAACAGAAUAGCAUACUCUGAGUUGUCCUUAUGUUAGGUCCUGAUCUGGCUAUGCCAUAUGGCUGUGGGCUACACUAGUUCAUUUAGCAGACAAGAUUUGCUUAGAAUUCUGUGGCAAAACAAAGCUAAUUAAAAUAGAAAGGAUAUUUUCUCCAAACAAUUUGAGGGAGUGCGCACAUGUGGCUAUUCUCUGUUGAGCGGUUAACAAAGAAACAGGUACUCCUAUAUGCUUAAUUUAGAGUUAUUAAUGAGAGCUAUAUGUUUUGAUUUUUUAUACAUUCUUAGGCUGUAUGAUGCGACUCUAAUGAUGAUUUGAAAAAAAGUUGCAUAAAAGGCAUGAGAUCUGCUUAGUUUUUUGCGCAUGCUGUACACACUUCAUCAGUCUCUCAUUCACAAUUUGACAAGUACUUGAUCAUUUCCCGGUGGCAUCGCCUUUCCCGGUGGCAUCGUAAUGCCCCCUAAAAAAAUCCAUGCCUUUUGCGGCCAGUGGCCGUUGUGCCCUUGGGCUGAAUAUAAUAAUUUUUAAUACUCUGAAGCACCUCUCACUCACAUGGCUCUCCGUCAUGUGAUCGGGUCUUUCUCACAGGCUACAAGUGAAGACAGACACAUUGGGGGUGCAACUGUGCACAUCCUUAUCCAAUUCCGAGGCGCAUAUUGAAGAUAUUGGAAGAACUGUCCACAUUUACUUUUCGUCAGCCAACAAGAUGAAUAGGCCUAACGAACAGCAAAAACACUAGCCUAUGUCAAUCUACUAUCCCCCAUAGUACAAAAGUUGACCUAUUCUGUGCAAGAAAUCAAUAUUCUCUGACAUAGUCUGGGACAGUCGUGGGAUGCGAUAGAUCCCAAAUUAAUACAACCACUAGCAUCAAAAACACUUUUUUUAUGCAAUGAGGCUGACGCAACAGAUCAGAACGUUUAGCUUAAAAUGUUGAUAAACUAUUAGGCUAUUUCUUCACAUUAUAAGCGCUGUCACACCCUGGCUCUGGGGACUCUUGUAUGUUGAACCAGGGUGUUAGUUUCUUUGUGUAGUGUCUAUGUUUUCGUUUUCUAUGUUCUGUUCUAGGUUAUGUGUUUCUAUGUUGGCCGGGGUGGUUCUCAAUCAGAGGCAAUGAGAAUCAGCUGUUGCUUGUUGUCUCUGAUUGGGAACCAUACUUAGGCAGCCUGUUGUGUACUUGUGUUUUGUGGGAUCUUGUUCCGUGUAUGGUUUGUGUAUGUACCCAAGGACUUCACGUAUCGUUUUGUUGUUUUUGUUCGUGUGGUGAAUAUAAUAAAAGUAUGUUCGCAUUCCACACUGCGCAUUGGUCCACUCCUUUCAACGAUCGUGACAAGCGCAGCAAUGAGCAUAAGGCAGUAGGCUAUAAGCGCAAAUGUUCCAUUAGCGGGAAAACUCUAUUUUCAAAAGUGACCGCAAAUGUGCUUAUGCAUGUAAUGCUUUUAUUGUAAAGGUGCGUUUUUAUGGUGAAAAUUAUCUUCCCCAAACUUGAAACUCACGCGUUGCUUAUGUAUGCCAGUUAGGCUCUACACCCGUUGUAAAACGGAUUAAUGUGCUCAAUUUUAAGAAGUUAUUUGGCCACUUUAGUUGUGAUACAAACCUCUGUAGCUCAGCUGGUAGAGCACGGCACUUGUAACGCCAAGGUAGUGGGUUCGAUCCCCGGGACCACCCAUACACAAAAAAAAUUGUUUUAUGCACGCAUGACUGUAAGUCGCUUUGGAUAAAAGCAUCUGCUAAAUGGCAUAUUAUUAUUAUUAUUAUUAUCAAUACAUAUAGGCCUAUGGGCUAGGCUACAUGAGGUGUGGGACUAUGAUUUUAAAAAGUUGCAAAAAAAGGUAUGCAUUGUUUAUAAUAAUAUAAUAAUAAUAAUACAUUUUUGUUAAAAAAUUAAAAUUGUUUCUUGCCUUAUGCGGGGCAUUGUUCACAAGUGAUAAUAUAUCAUUCACAAGUGCAAGGCUAAUAUUGUCACCCAUCAGACUAUUCUUGAUUUAAUCUUGUCUUUACAUAUACUAAAUAAUAUGUGUGAAAUUUGUUUUGAUUUAGAAUGGACCAUUAUCAUGCACCUGUCUCAAAUGGGGGCAGGGCGAAAAAAUUAAUGUAAUCUAUGCACUUAAAUAGCAAAUGGAGGACACUUUUCCCAUGGUUCAUUUUCAUGCCAGCCAGGUAGGCUAUACUCCUGUUGUAAAGACAAGCAAUGUGCUUAAUAUUAGGAAAAUUGAGAUAUAAAUAUAGUAGGCCUAGCCUAUAGAAACCUCCUCUUUUUAAUAGAAGCCAUCACUCUGUUUUCUCACUCAAUUGCAUAGCCUAUAGAAAUGUUGCGCAACAUGAGCUCAUUGGCUGUCAUGAAGUGUUUGAUUCGAUUUUCGAUCACAUUUGCAUUGAUGUCAGAGUGAGGGACAAUAGAGUGCUGAAAACCAGGCAAUUAGCAAGUUUGGUAGGCUACUAAUGACCAUCAGCAGCAUCAUAGCUUGGAGAAGCCUAAUUACCAUGACUAAACGGUCAUGUGCAAUUUGACUGCCUUCAUGACUCGUGACCGCCGGUGUGGCAGUAAUACGGUCCCCUUAACAGCCCUAGUCCUUACCAACCUCUACCUAGUGUGUGUCUUUGAUUCAAGAUAGUCACUUUUGAUGGACAAAUGUAGCUUCAAUCUCUCUGUAAGGGUGAAUGUCCUGGACUGACUCCAGAUAUAAAAUAAGCACUGUAGCACUCUUCCUCACUGAUGCAUUCAGAUGGGGUACUCUGUCUGCUCUAUACUUCAACCUCUUUCUGUUUCGGGAUACAGCUUCAGCUGCUGAAAUGGGAAUGACAAGUCCAGGUUACCACAUGGAUAUUGUAGCUGCUGUGAGGUGUAAGCAGGGGUAAGGCGGUCCAGUACAGUGUCCAAAAAUAUAUAUUCAAUAAAUAUUGGGGGUACGCCGUACUGGUAAAACAUGAGCCUAUCACAAUAAUGGAAACAAAAUGUCAAGAAAGCUGUAGGCUAAUACAUCACUUUUUAUCAUUACCACAUGUCAGAAGCAUGAAAAAUGUGCGAAUGGACUUGAAAAUGGGUGGUAUAGCCUACACUCCAAAAUGUGGUUUGAUGAGAUCACUAAGCGUACCCUAAAGUAAAUUGAAUUAAAUUGCCAAAAUAAUAUAACCUAAUUAGCCAACUCCUGCUAUACACAAAUAAAUAAAAUCAUUCAAAAUUGGCUACUACACCAAAAAGCAUGAUUUGGCCACAGAGGAUCAUUAGCUUAUUUAGCUUGUUUUAAAUCGCAUUGUAUCUAUCAUGAAAUAAUUCUUUAAUAUUGUGUAUAAACAUACAGUGAACUGUCACCUCUCCUCCCGUUGCUCCCCUCCGGCGCUCUGAUUCGCCGGUCUACUGAGCCACCGGUCUGAGCGCACCACCUCGGCAACACCGGAAUGGAAACCCAACGCACCCUAAUCACAUCCAGCGCACCUGCACAUCAUCAUCUCAUCACCACCCCUAUAUAGCCCUGGACUGUUUAGUGUCUUGUCGUGUACUCGCGCAUUGUUGUUCUCGUGCUCAGUGUUAAAUAAACCUUUACAUUGUUGAUUCCUGCGUCUGCGUCCUGCCUCUUCGUAUCCUCAGUACUCGUCACAUGAACAUACAGUACCAGUCAAAAGUUUGGGCACACCUACUCAUUCAUGGGUUUUUCUUUAUUUUUACUAUUUUCUACAUUGUAGAAUAAUAGUGAAGACAUCAAAACUAUGAAAGAACACAAAUGGAAUCAUGUAGUAACCAAAAAAGUGUUAAACAAAUCAAAAUAUAUUUUAUAUUUGAGAUUCUUCAAAUAGCCACCCUUUUCCUUAAUGACAGCUUUGCACACUCUUGACAUUCUCUCAACCAGCUUCACCUGGAAUGCUUUUCCAACAGUCUUGAAGGAGUUCUCCCAUAUGCUUAGCACUUGUUGGCUGCUUUUCCAUCACUCUGCUGUCCGACUCAUCCCAAACCAUCUCAACUGGGUUGAGGUCGGGGGAUUGUGGAGGGCAGGUCAUCUGAUGCAGCACACCAUCACUCUCCUUGGUCAAAUAGCCCUUACACAGCCUGGAGGUGUGUUUUGGGUCAUUGUCCUAUUGAAAAACAAAUGAUAGUCCCACUAAGCCCAAACCAGAUGGGAUGGCGUAUCACUGCAGAAUGUUGUGGUAGUCAUGCUGGUUAAGUGUUCCUUGAAUUCUAAAUAAAUCACAGACAGUGUCACCAGCAAAGCACCCCCACACCAUAACAGGUCCUCCUCCAUGCUUUACGGUGGGAAAUACACAUGCAGAGAUCAUCUGUUCACCCACACUGCGUCUCACAAAGACCCGGCGGUUGGAACCAAAAAUCUCCAAUUUGGACUCCAGACCAAAGGACACAUUUCCACCGGUCUAAUGUCCAUUGCUCGUGUUUCUUGGACCAAGCAGGUCUCUUCUUCUUAUUGGUGUCCUUUAGUAGUGGUCUCUUUGUAGUAGUGGAUUUGUCUCCUAGUGUCUGUUGGAAAGCAGACUGAACCAGGUUUUCCAGGAUUUUGCCUAUGCUUAGCUCUACUCCCUUCCUUUUCUACCCAUAACAUGAUGCAGCCACCACCAUGCUUGAAAAUAUGAAGAGUGGUAUUCAGUGAUGUGUUGGAUUUGCCCCAAACAUAAUGCUUUGUAUUCAGGACAAAAAGUUAAUGUCUUUGCCGUAUUCUCUGCAUUAUUACUUUAGUGCCUUAUUAUAAACAGGAUGCAUGUUUUGGAAUAUUUUCUAUUCUGUACAGGCAUCCUUCUUUCCACUCUGUCAUUUAGGUUAGUAUUGUGGAGUAACUACAAUGUUGUUGAUCCAUCCACAGAUAAUUGUAUGUGUGGUGUACAGAGACGGGGUGGUCAUUCAAAAAUCAUGGUAAACACCAUUAUUGCAGAAAGAGUUAAUUCAUGCAAUUUAUUAUCUGACUUGUUAAGCAAAUUCUUCAGCUUUUUUCAGGUUGACAUUUUUUAUUAAUUUGUAAACAUUUCUAAAAACAUAAUUCCACUUUGACAUUAUGGGGUAUUGUGUGUAGAUCAGUGACACAAAAUAUAAAUGGAAUACAUUUUACAUUCAGGCUGUAACACAACAACAUUUGGAAAAAGUCCAGGGGUCUGAAUACUUCCUGAAGGCACUGUACAUCCAAUGUAGCCUGGAUAUUGUAGCUGCUGUGAGGUGUAUGAUUUAGCUGACCUCUAAAGCUCCAAUUUGGAGUUCAGGCUUCUUGCUGGUGUGAUGACCAUGGAGCCAAAAUAAUGUAAUAACCGCAAUGUUCACCACACACACACACACACACACACAUACACACACACACACACACACACACACACACACACACACACACACACACACACACACACACACACACACACACACACACACCAAGACCAUGGAGCCUCUGCAUAACACCAUGCUGACAGAGCUGUGAUGAUUAGGUUUAAUAAUGCUGUGUAAUUCAGUGUUAGUCUGAGAGAUUGCCACACAUGGAGAUACCUGACAUCACUGCUGACAUGGCUGUCAGAGAAGGUUAACCUCUGCAUGCAUUUGUUACAUGUACAUUCAUUACAUAGCCUACAUGUAUAAUGUAUUAUUGUAAUUGUGCUAAAACCUCCAUGACACGUAACAAAAUACACUGGAAUUACAGUACACCUACGUAUAAAAUGACUGUGUCUUUCUAUGGAAAUUAUGUUUAAAUAGGUUUUUAGACACUUACUGACUUUCUUGGUGAUACUAUUAUAUCAUUAUUAUCUCGCAGUCAUAUGACCUAUCUUUGAUUUAGAUUAUGUGAGUUCACUGCCCCCCCCUCCUCCUCAGACACACACACACAUAGCGACCCACCCAGGGGACCCCAGCAACUGUUAAGAAUCCACCAGCAACUCGUUAUCAGAUCAAUAGCCAUUCAUCAACAUCUGUCUUUUAAUUAAUUCAGCCAGCGCUCAAUAUACUUCCAGUCAUUUCACCCCAAUCAAUUCACCUUAAAACCAGCCCUCUGAGGCCCCCUUGGCCCCAUGUUAAUGAAAGAGAUGGAGAAAUACAUACAUUCAUUGAAUGAGUGUCUGCGUUCCAAAUGGCACCCUAUCCCCUAUAUAGUUCACUACUUUUGACCAUAGCCCUAUGGCCAAACCCUAUGGGCCCUGGUCAAAAGUAAUGCACUAUACAGUGGGGGAAAAAAGUAUUUAGUUAGCCACCAAUUGUGCAAGUUCUCCCACUUAAAAAGAUGAGAGAGGCCUGUAAUUUUCAUCAUAGGUACACAUCAACUAUGACAGACAAAAUGAGAAUUUUUUUCUCCAGAAAAUCACAUUGUAGGAUUUUUUAUGAAUUUAUUUGCAAAUUAUGGUGGAAAAUAAGUAUUUGGUCAAUAACAAAAGUUUCUCAAAACUUUGUUAUAUACCCUUUGUUGGCAAUGACACAGGUCAAACGUUUUCUGUAAGUCUUCACAAGGUUUUCACACACUGUUGCUGGUAUUUUGGCCCAUUCCUCCAUGCAGAUCUCCUCUAGAGCAGUGAUGUUUUGGGGCUGUCGCUGGGCAACACGGACUUUCAACUCCCUCCAAAGAUUUUCUAUGGGGUUGAGAUCUGGAGACUGGCUAGGCCACUCCAGGACCUUGAAAUGCUUCUUACGAAGCCACUCCUUCGUUGCCCGGGCGGUGCGUUUGGGAUCAUUGUCAUGCUAAAAGACCCAGCCACGUUUCAUCUUCAAUGCCCUUGCUGAUGGAAGGAGGUUUUCACUCAAAAUCUCACGAUACAUGGCCCCAUUCAUUUUUUCCUUUACACGGAUCAGUCGUCCUGGUCCUUUUGCAGAAAAACAGCCCCAAAGCAUGAUGUUUCCACCCCCAUGCUUCACAGUAGGUAUGGUGUUCUUUGGAUGCAACUCAGCAUUCUUUGUCCUCCAAACACGACGAGUUGAGUUUUUACCAAAAAGUUAUAUUUUGGUUUCAUCUGACCAUAUGACAUUCUCCCAAUCCUCUUCUGGAUCAUCCAAAUGCACUCUAGCAAACUUCAGACGGGCCUGGACAUGUACUUGUUUAAGCAGGGGGACACGUCUGGCACUGCAGGAUUUGAGUCCCUGGCGGCUUGUGUGUUACUGAUGGUAGGCUUUGUUACUUUGGUCCCAGCUCUCUGCAGGUCAUUCACUAGGUCCCCCCGUGUGGUUCUGGGAUUUUUGCUCACCGUUCUUGUGAUCAUUUUGACCCCACGUGGUGAGAUCUUGCGUGGAGCCCCAGAUCGAGGGAGAUUAUCAGUGGUCUUGUAUGUCUUCCAUUUCCUAAUAAUUGCUCCCACAGUUGAUUUCUUCAAACCAAGCUGCUUACCUAUUGCAGAUUCAGUCUUCCCAGCCUGGUGCAGGUCUACAAUUUUGUUUCUGGUGUCCUUUGACAGCUCUUUGGUCUUGGCCAUAGUGGAGUUUGGAGUGUGACUGUUUGAGGUUGUGGACAGGUGUCUUUUAUACUGAUAACAAGUUCAAACAGGUGCCAUUAAUACAGGUAACGAGUGGAGGACAGAGGAGCCUCUUAAAGAAUAAGUUACAGGUCUGUGAGAGCCAGAAAUCUUGCUUGUUUGUAGGUGACCAAAUACUUAUUUUCCACCAUAAUUUGCAAAUAAAUUCAUAAAAAAUCCUACAAUGUGAUUUUCUGGAAUUUUUUUCUCAAUUUGUCUGUCAUAGUUGACGUGUACCUAUGAUGAAAAUUACAGGCCUCUCUCAUCUUUUUAAGUGGGAGAACUUGCACAAUUGGUGGCUGACUAAAUACUUUUUUCCCCCACUGUAUAGGAGAUAGGGUGCCAUUUGGAAUGCAGACAUAGAUACAUUAAUGUGUGUAUUGAGUACUGUAUUAGGAGUCUGAGACAAAUGGCAACAUGAGGUUGUUUUUGGGAUUAGUGAUUGAUAGCAAAUGAGCAGAGUUUUUGCACAAACCUGUCCGUUCUACGUCGCCGGUUUGUUCCGACAGAAUUAGAGGAGACAAAAAUCAUUCUUGCAUGACUAUUUACGCUGACGUCUGACUGUGGGGGGUGUUGCUCUCUUUUUUGAGUUUUGGUUUUGCUUGUUUGCUGGUUUGUUUAUCCAUUAGGAGAAGAGCUUAUAGCUGUAUUGCGAUGUGUCUCUGUUGGGGGGAGCUUGUGUUGGUGUUAUAACCCUUUAAGAAAAGCUGUAGAUCUAAACAUCUAACAGUCACCUUCUGGGGAGUGUGGCAGAGUGUGUGUAUGUGACAGUGCUUCACAGUCUAUGUGUGUGGCAGUGACAUGAUUGAUGAGACAUGAAGGGAGAACAAGGGAAGAUGUCUAGUCAAUCAACUCUGUGAAUAACCACUUACUAGACUGUGGAUUAAAGCUGUGUCGCCUGUCUGAACAAACCAAAACUCCCGUCCAUUAUCUUCACAUGUAAAAUCUGCUUCACUGUGUAAAGCAACAUCCACAACAAAUUAAGUCAUUAUAAAAAUAGAUGCUUUGUGUCUGGUUGGAAUCGAGGGAUGAAGAAAAGCCAUCCAAGUAAUCUAACAACCUGCAUAGUGUCUGAGAUGAGAAUGAUAAUCAAUAGUCCUUGACACUAACUCUCUUCCCUCCCUCUCUCUUUCUCGCUCUCUCCCCUCUCUCUCUCCUCAGGUGCAGGGACUGGAGAAGCAGGUGGCCAAGGGCUACCCGGGACUAGACCUGGGUCCGGCACGCUCAGUGAUGAAGACCUUACCGUAUGGCAUGGGAGAGGGAGCUGUCGGCACCGGCGGAGGGGCCACGGGAGGAGUCAAACCCCCCUACCAAACCACCUCCCGCGUCUUCUCCACCGGCAUGGACGGGGUUGGCAACCCGCCCAUGAAGCCUCCUCUGAAAACCCCCACCUACAGCUUCUUUAACCCCUACGACUGGGCUCGUAAUCAGUCGCUCCUCCACGACCAGACAGGCUACCGCAACAAACGCAAACCCUCGCUUAAGACGGCCCAGAAGACCAAGAAGAUAUUCGGCUGGGGGGAUUUCUACUUCAACGUGAAGACCAUGAAGUUCAGCCUCUUGGUCACGGGGAAGAUCGUGGACCACAUCAACGGCACAUUCACCGUCUACUUCCGCCACAACUCGUCCAGUCUCGGUAACGUCUCUGUCAGUAUUGUCCCUCCCACCAAGGUGGUGGAGUUUGAAGUGUUGCAGCACCACCAACCAGGCCUCCACGCACAGCUCCACCCAGAGCUCACCCAGAUCACCCAACAACAGACCCCGCACCAGUCCACCAUCGACCCCAAAGAGAUAAAGACCUUCAACUGCCGGGUGGAGUACGAGAAGACCAACCGCUCCAAGAAGCCCAAGCCCUGCCUCUACGACCCCUCCCAGACCUGCUUCUCAGAGCACACUCAGUCCCAUGCCGCCUGGCUCUGCGCCAAACCAUUUAAAGUAAUCUGCAUCUUCAUCUCCUUCUUCAGUAUCGAUUAUAAGCUCGUGCAGAAAGUGUGUCCGGACUACAACUUCCAGAGUGAUCAUCCUUACCUUGGAUAAGAGAGGAGGGAUGAGGAGAGGGGAGGGGAAAGAGUCUUAAGUGCGUUUGAGGGGAUCAGUUUGAGAAAGGGUCCAAACGCAGAAUCGCUAAUAUUGAUCAGAGAAUGUGUAGUUAUUUGGGAUGCAAGGUGAUUUGUAGAUCAGUGAUCCCGUGCAGUCCGACUCCAAUGUAUUGUUGUCGAUCUCAAACACACACAAUGACAGGACUGAUGACCACGGGGAUAGUCUUUUUCUGCUCUCAACCUCCUGUUGGAUUGUGGAUACUAUAAAUGAGAAGUACGGCUAGUUGGCAUCAUGGAUGAUAUACAUUAUCUGGCAGAUUUUUCAAAAUGACCUAAAAACCUUUGUAUUAGUUUACUUUAAUUUCUAUGUAAAUAAUGUUUAAAAAAUCUAUACAGCUCUGCUCUUUAGACAUUGGUUAUCAGUGUUAAAUAAUUUCUGUCUGUUGGAGAAAUCGAUUUAAACUUUCAAAACAAGCUGGGAUGUAUGGAUGUUUGAUUUUGAUGAUUUCAUAUUCUCUCUGAUGAUCUGAAUGUGUCAUGCUGUCCCUAUUAUACUAUAAUGCAGUACAAUCUUGGAACCCAGAAUCUUGGAACCCGGAACCAAAUCUUGCGUGCAUAACAGUUUGCCACAAGAGACUAGUCGUUGUAUGGCAUUAUAGGUUGUAGAAGACUGUUAUCAUGUUUUCAGUCAUAUUUUUCAAAUCUGGAUUCAAGAGAAUAUAUAGUCUUGGAGUUAUAUGUAUGAGAAAUGCUAUGCUGGGUAUGCAUACAAUAUAUGAACAAAGCACAUUAAAAUGAGCUUUAACUGUUUUUUUCAGGUCAUUGAAUAA